AUGCCACCUCACAAAGUGCCCGCUGGUGUCAUGAAAAAGACAGCGCGCAAAGACACCAAGAAGAAAAGUCGCGGAGAGUGUGACCGCAUCGCUGCACUCAAUCGCGCGCGUUCGCCACUUCUGCGCCUGCCAGCAGAGCUGAGGAGCCGCAUCUACGACUACGCCCUGGUCGAGGAACGCGACAUCGUCCUCACCGCGCAGACGCGAGAGCCACCACUCCUCCACGCAAGCCGCCAGAUCCGAGCCGAGACCGUCAAGAUGUAUUACUUGUCCAACAAGUUCUCCAUGGACAUCCUCAACUGCGACGCACGGCUGUUCUCCGCGUUCGCUCAGCGUGUUGGAGAGUUCGAACGGUCGGGCGAUGAUGUGUUCAUAUCGGUCACAACUCGUGCAGGAGCUCAUUGGCCAAAUUUACUGGCAUGGUGCCGGAGAGUCCACGAGGUUAAAGUCUGGCCCAUGAGCCCUUACGGCGGCGUCCAUGGUAAUGUGUAUGAUGUGAUCGCUGCAGCUACUACCAUGGCGCACCAGAUGCGAGAGCUGCCGUGGGAGACGUGCCUGAGGGUCCUCGACACGAUGAGGGUGGUGGCAGGAUCUGCGGAUCUGGAGUGGAUGGACGACCUGGAGAUGUGA